ACCACAUCAUUCAAAUAUGUCUUCUGAACCAAAUCCAAAGGCCUUUCCAUUGGCUGACUCUUCAUUGUCACAACAGAUUUUAGACGUUGUUCAACAAGCUCAAAAUCUAAGACAGUUGAAAAAAGGUGCAAAUGAAGCAACAAAAACUUUAAACAGAGGUAUCUCUGAGUUCAUUAUCAUGGCUGCUGAUACUGAGCCAAUUGAAAUCAUUUUGCACUUGCCAUUGUUGUGUGAAGAUAAAAACGUUCCUUACGUUUUUGUUCCUUCAAAAUUGGCUCUUGGAAGAGCCUGUGGUGUGUCAAGACCUGUUAUUGCUGCCAGUGUCACCACUAACGAGGCUUCUUCAAUCAAAUCGCAAGUGUAUGCUGUUAAAGAUAAAAUUGAAACUUUACUUAUUUAAUUUUAUUUAUUAAGGUAAAUGUCAUUAAUGGCUAAUUAUAUAAAUAUAGAGCUUAUUCACUUUUCCUAGCUUUUUUUUUUUUUCUCUUGGCA